UUAUUUUUGGCUAGGUUUUCUGCCGAGAGAGACAUCAGUUUCAGCGCGACUGCGGUGGCUAGGGUUUCUGCCGGGAGAAACAUCAUUUUUAGCGCGACUGCGGUGGCUAGGGUUUCUGCCCAGAGAGAGAGAGAGAGGGAGAGAGAGCUAGAGAUGGGUAAGGGUAAGGGUAAGGGUAAGGUGCUGGAGAGGAAGAAGGAGAAGAAGAAGAGAGGACGACCAUCUCUUUCAGAUGUCCGAAAACGCACUCUCAAAGAACAACAACAACAAAAGCGAAACCACAACUCUGCCCCUCAUUCCGCUUCUAAUUACCCAUUAUUCGUCCCUGUUCCUGUCCCCGCCUCGGGUCCUGCUCCUUUGCGGCGAUCCCCGCGCCUGAAUCCUAACCCCUACGCCCACGAGAGCGACGAGAUCUGCAGCGAGGAGAGCGAGCCCGACGAGAGCGCCGACGAGAGGGACUCCAUGAGGGAAGUUGGAAGAAUGACCGAUGAAGAACGCGUCCGCUACCGGGAACAAGUUUGCAGGACUGAUGGCUUUGAUGUUGACGUCGUUCGUAGCUUCCAUGGUUGUAGUUUAAUUCAACCACUCAAUAUAAGAAAUGAGAAGUCAUACAGAACUUGUGAAAUAAUUUCGCAGCGCGCAAUUGACCAAUACCAUAGGCGCAAACAACGAAGAACUUCCAAGCCUCAAACUCCACUGAAGUUUGUGAAGGUAUUGAAAGCAAUGUCUCAGCAUUUAGAUUUCCUCAGGUAUUAUGUAACCUUUGAGGCCGAGAAUGUUGCUACCCAGACGUCUAAGAUCUACCAAGCCUUGGCUCGUUGGAGGAGACCCCCCAUAAAUGAUGUCAAUUUCACCGUCUUGUUUGUCAGGGGGUAUAAGAAACAGAAAGGGGAUCAAGUUAUUGGUAUUCAGUCUGUUAGUGAACUGCAAUCGCAGUUGGAUGCUGCUUCAAUGACAUCUCGCCUGGCAAUCAUCUUCUUCUCUAAAGCUCGGCCCUGCCGUUUCAUUUCUCCUUAUUACACAAGCUUGGCUGGGAAGUACCCGAAAGUUGUUUUCUUGAAAGUAGACAUAGCUGAGGCCACGGACGUGGCUGCUUGCUGGAAUAUUCGUAAAGCUCCCUACUUUUUCUUUGUAAAAAAAGGCCACGUGGUGGACAGGGUUGUUGGAAUAGACGCAAUUGAACUUAAAGAGAAGGUUGCACAUCACUCGCGCAAGCAAAGCUAGAACUGCAGAAGGGUCAAACAAACCGUACGAGGAAUUCGUCAAAUUUUGUGGCAAUUAAUUGAGAGAAUAAAGUGCUAUAGUUUUCACUGAUUUUAUAGUGAUGGAAGUUUGAACACCUAUCAAUUACUACAAAUCAUUUGGGAAAUCAAUGAAUUGACGAUAUUCCAUAUAA